AUUAGCGAAACAUUAAUCGUUAAAGUUAAUAAUUAAACGUUUAACCCGCGUGUCCUCCACUGAAAUGGGAGACGAAGUCAAAAAGUUAGAAUCUUGGUCAGGGGACUGGGGACUACCUUCAAUCGAUUAUAACUGUCUAGCAAUUGAGGCAUAUUGUAGAUUUUCGGGAAUCCCACUCAAAGUAACCCAAGGGAACAAUCCAUUGAAAUCGCCAUCAGGUUCAUUGCCAGUGUUCAGAGAUGGAAACACAACAAAAUGUGAUAUCAUCAAAAUUUUUGACUACUUGAAGGAACAGAACUGUGGAAAUGAUGUCUCAAUGAGCAGAAAGAUUCAGGCUGACAACAAAGCAUACAUAUGCCUAUUGGAGGAAAAAUUAAAACCGGCAUUUUUACACAGCUGGUGGUUAGAUGCCAAUGCAUAUACUGAAACCACCCGCCCACUAUUUGCCAAAGCCUCUGGGUUUCCUCUCAGUUUAUAUGUGACAAAGAAAAUGCAGUCAUCAGCAUCAGAUGCUGUGUACACACCACUGCAGAAACAAGAUAUUACAGAACAAGAGAUUGAUAAAUUGAUUUACAAGGAAGCAAAAGAAUGCUUAAAUCAUUUAUCUAACAAACUGGGUGAUCAAGAUUUUUUCUUUGGAGAUAGUCCAACUUCUUUAGAUGCCAUGGUAUUUGGGUACAUCGCACCUCUCAUUAAGGGACCACUGAUCUCUUGUCAGCUAGUCAAACACAUCAAUGGCUUCUCAAAUCUCUGUAACCACACCAACAGAAUAUUGUCAAGGUUUUUCCCCCCAACUCAAGAGGACAUGGAAAGACAGCGUCAGAAAGAGAAAGAAAAGAAUGAAGCAAUGAAAAAUGACUUGGAUUUUCCAAACAAAACGCGCAAUAUGGUUUUAGCUGGAGUGUUUGCCCUGUCAGCCAUGAUGGCCUUUGCCUAUUCGUCUGGAGCUGUCAGAAUCCAAGACACAAAUAAUGACAUGAACAUAUACGAUUUAGAUGAGGAUACAGAGGAGGAUAUGUCAUAAAUUUUUGUCUCUAAGAGGAAUAUUAACAUGGAUGUAAAUGCAGUAUGUCAUGUGUGUCAGUUCAUUGGACAGUAUUGAUAUCAUGAACCAACAAAGAAUAAUUUACCAUUGGCAAGACAAGAUCAUAUAAAUAGGUCUCAAACUUCUUUAUUUCACUUUUGAUACAUGUAACAUUAUUGGCAAGAAUAUCAGCUUUUGAUUCAUGUAAAAAUAUAGGCAAUAAUAUUUAGUGUUUUAUACAGGUAAAAGUCUUUGAGAUCCAAAUGUAUACAUAAGCACCUUAUUGAAAUUCAAAGAAGAAAACUAUAAAUUAUUUUCUAUGUAAAUAAUUCUAUUCUUUGUUGAAAAAUUACAUAGUACAUACAUGUA